UGAGGACAAUACACGUUUUUUUGUGGAAUUAAUGUUGGAGCAAAAUUUUGCAAAAGUUUCGAUUUCAUUUUUUAGUCGGACGUGAAAGUUUAGCGCGAGUGGGUUGUGUUAGCGGAUAAAGACCUUAAGUUUUUCAUAUAAUUUUUAAUUAAUUAGGCAAUUUUGGUGGCAAAUUUAUGGUGAUUUGGUACAAUUUUUUAAUUACGUGUACUAUAUAUACAACAUAAACUUUAUUGACAGUGGCAAGUAAAAUAUUCAAUGUGAUUCUAAUUCUGAAUCACAAAAAAAAAUUAAAGAACACAAAAAAGGAUAAAACAGGAUUUUAAGCUUUACAAUAACACAUCUGCUUUAAGCAAACUCAAUAACACACAUAAACUACAACAACGAGCAGUAAAAACUACGUCUCAUACAACAACGACUGCCGACAAUAUUAAAAAUACUUCUAAGUCAAUUAUUGGAACUACUUAAAUCAAAAUGUUUAUACCAGUUGCACAUAGAGCUUUUAAGUCUCUCCGACAAACCACACCCCGUGUUCGCAUAUUUCUUAUAAAUAAAAAUGCCUAUUCUAGUCAGGUUGAAUAUAAACCCAUACGUUCGGUGCUUGUUGCCAAUCGUGGCGAGAUCGCCAUACGUGUCUUCCGUGCUUGCACUGAAUUGGGUAUUAAGUCCGUUGCUGUUUAUUCGGAACAAGACAAAAUGCAUAUGCAUCGUCAAAAAGCUGAUGAAUCAUAUUUAGUUGGCAAAGGCUUACCACCUGUUGAGGCAUAUUUAAACAUUCCCGAAAUUAUCCGUGUUUGUAAGGAAAACGAUGUUGAUGCUGUGCAUCCAGGCUAUGGAUUUUUAUCAGAACGGAGCGAUUUUGCUCAAGCCGUUAUCGAUGCUGGUCUUCGAUUCAUUGGCCCCUCACCAAAAGUUGUGCAACAAAUGGGUGAUAAGGUGGCUGCACGUGUUGCGGCAAUUGAAGCCGGCGUUCCUAUUGUACCUGGUACAGAUGGUCCAGUAACUACCAGCCAAGAAGCAAUGGAAUUUUGUAAAAAACAUGGCCUGCCUGUUAUUUUUAAAGCUGCAUAUGGUGGUGGCGGACGUGGCAUGCGUGUUGUGCGCAAAAUGGAUGAAGUUGAAGAAUUAUUUCAACGUGCUAGUUCCGAAGCCAAGGCAGCAUUUGGCAAUGGUGCUAUGUUUAUAGAAAAGUUUAUUGAACGCCCACGUCAUAUUGAAGUACAACUAUUGGGAGAUAAAGCCGGUAAUGUUGUACAUUUGUUUGAACGCGAUUGUUCAGUACAACGACGUCAUCAGAAAGUAGUGGAAAUCGCUCCAGCACCGCGUUUAUCAAAGGAAGUACGUGAUAAAAUGACCGAAGCAGCUGUACGUUUAGCCAGGCAUGUGGGUUACGAAAAUGCAGGAACUGUUGAGUUUUUGUGUGAUGAGUCUGGUAACUUCUACUUCAUUGAAGUUAAUGCUAGAUUACAAGUGGAGCACACUGUAACCGAAGAAAUAACUGGCAUUGAUUUGGUACAAUCGCAAAUACGCGUUGCAGAAGGCAUGACUUUACCGGAACUUGGUUACACUCAGGAAAAUAUUAAACCACGUGGUUAUGCUAUACAGUGCCGCGUUACAACAGAAGAUCCUGCCAAUGAUUUCCAACCUAGCACUGGUCGUCUUGAGGUGUUCCGCUCUGGUGAAGGUAUGGGUAUCCGUUUGGAUAGUGCUUCCGCCUUUGCCGGUGCCAUCAUUUCACCGUACUACGAUUCCCUCCUUGUUAAAAUUAUAUCGCAUGCCAGUGAUUUACAAAGUUCUGCCUCAAAAAUGAAUCGUGCAUUGCGCGAAUUUCGUAUUCGUGGUGUUAAAACAAAUAUACCAUUUCUGUUGAACGUUUUAGAAAAUCAGAAAUUCCUACACGGCGUACUGGACACAUACUUUAUUGAUGAACAUCCCCAAUUGUUUAAAUUCCGCCAUUCACAAAAUCGUGCUCAAAAAUUACUUAAUUAUAUCGGUGAGGUGUUGGUCAAUGGACCACAAACUCCUUUGGCUACUGGCUUGAAGCCUGCCGAUGUAACUCCACAUGUACCCGAAGUGCCUUUAGAUCUAUCGCCUGAGGCACUAUUGCGUGAAGAGCGUGGCGAAGCUAAAGUCACGGAACCUCCAAAAGGAUUACGAGGCAUACUCAAGUCUCAGGGUCCUGAGGCAUUUGCCAAAGAAGUACGGUCUCGUAAGAAUUUAAUGCUCAUGGAUACUACCUUCAGAGAUGCUCAUCAGUCACUAUUAGCUACACGUGUACGAUCACAUGAUCUAUUAAAAAUUUCACCAUUUGUUGCUCACAAAUUCAAUAAUCUAUACUCUUUGGAAAAUUGGGGUGGUGCUACUUUUGAUGUUGCUCUACGUUUCUUGCAUGAAUGUCCAUGGGAACGAUUGGAAGAAAUGCGUAAACAGAUACCAAAUAUACCUUUCCAAAUGUUGUUACGUGGUGCUAAUGCUGUCGGUUAUACCAGCUACCCGGAUAAUGUUGUGUACAAAUUUUGCGACUUAGCGGUAUGUUUACAUAAAGAUAUUGUACAUAAAAUAGUAAAU